CUUCCCUGACCCGCACUGAAGAACAGAGGAGGUUCCCUUGCUGCCGAGCUCUCUGCCGACUUUCUGCCCCCUCUUCUGAUAGCUUUCCAGCUCCUAGGUGACCACCAGGACCACUGCCAUCACAAAGCCUCUCUCUGCGUAGCUAAAGAAUGAAGGAGAGACAUUAGAAAAGAUCCUCCGACAAUGGGGAGAAAACAUCCGGCCUGAAAUGAGAGAAGAUAUCCGUUACCCCAGCUACCAGGAUGAGGAGAGCCCCCCCCCCCGCCCCCCUGUCAUCCUCAUGGCCCUGCUGCACGUGGGAGCCCUGUACGGGAUCACGCUGGUUCCCUCCUGCAAGGUCUACACCUGGCGCUUCGAGCAAUGUGUAUGAAUGGGCCCGAGAUCACCGCGCCCACCACAAGUUCUCAGAAACACAUGCUGACCCUCACAAUUCCCGCCGUGGCUUCUUCUUCUCUCACGUGGGUUGGCUGCUUGUGUGCAAACACCUGGCUGUCAAAGAGAAGGGCGGAAAACUGGACAUGUCUGACCUAAGAGCUGAAAAGCUGCUAAUGUUCCAGAGGAGGUGAGGACUUCCACAACUUCCACCAUGCCUUCCCCUUUGACUACAAUACCACAGACGCAGCUGGUUGGCUCCUUCCCAGGUCUCCUGAUGCUCUCCACAUCCACCUCUGGAGCUUCGAGCACCUUGACGACCCCAGACAAACUUUUCUGCCAAAUUGUUCUAGAGAUAUUGCUGGCCUAGACAUUUUCUCGCUCAUAAAUCUUGACCAAUCCAAAUGCUGAUAAUGUAGCUCUGAGCCAGCCAUGGAGCAGGCACCUGAAAGGUAACAGGCACAAACUUGGCUUUGGUGUGGUACUCUGUUCUCUGCACACUCCUCCCCCCAUCUUGGAUGAUCUUGGCUUCUGGGGUGACUUGUAGGAAGAUCAUGGGGUUGAGGCCAGCCUCAACUACAUAGUGAGACUCUGUCUCAAAACUAAAGAAAAUAAAAUUAAAUUUAAAAAAAAAGUAAAGGCAAGCCAUAGAAUGAAAGAAAACAUGUAUAAACUGUGUAUCUCAUAGGGAAUGAGGUCACAGAAUAUAAAAGAAACUCCUACACAUU